UAACAAAAAAUUUUUCUGGAAGAAAAUUAAAUUUAAUUGAGUUUGAUUGAAUUCUGAUAAAAAUUGAGAAUUAAGAGAUGACAUUUGAUAGUAAUUAGUUUUUUCGUUUAUUUAAUUGCAAGUUUGUUUUAAGAAAACAAUAAGAAUUGGGCUCAGCUGAUUAUUCUUCUUGUGUUUGGUAAUUUGGUGAUUUAUCGUUGGAAUUGUUUAUUGUUUUCUUUUCUUUUGAUCAACAAGAUGCAAGGUGAUUAUAAUCGUGGUGGUUAUUUUGGUUCAGAUUCACAAUCUAGUGGCUACGAUGGUGGUAAUUAUCAACAACCAUAUAACCCUAAUGCUGUGGGUCAAUCAUAUUCACCACCGAGUCCACCACCUCAACAACAACAACCUGGUUUUCAAAAUCAACCUGCUAAUCCAUAUUAUGGUCAACAGCAGCCGCCAUCUUUUUACAAUAGACCUGCAGGAAUUGCUGGUUCACCGGCUCAUUCAACACCGUCGGUGCCUUCAUUAUCUGAGGAAGAUAUCAAAAUCUUUAAGGAGACUCAGAAAAAUGUUAUGCUUAACAAAUUUUUACCUGCUGCUUUAAUUGGUUGUGGUGCUAUUUAUAUGGCUCACCAGAAGAAAUUAUUCAAACCCAGUGGAUGGACUUAUGGUAUUUACCUCUGUACGGCUUCUUAUGUCGCUCAAUUUACUACUAGAAAUGAAUUGAAACGUCGAAUUGCGGAAUCUCCGUCAAUGUCACCGUUUGCCCAACAAGUUAGAAUGCAAAUGGGAUAUGGAAAUAACCCUGGUAAUACGUUUUCGGGCGAUUCUGGUGAUUUUAACUUCUCUCAGGGUUAUAAUCAACCAACCACUGGAACACAAUAUUCACCUUACAAUCGUUUCAAUAGGCAGCGACAAUCAAAUUCUCCUAGUGAAUUUACAGAUGAAUUGUCAUUAGAUGGUAAAGAUUUAACCGAAUUCUCCUUAGAUUCAAAGUCAAUCCAGAAUAAAGAUGACACCGGAUUCGUUCCUGAUGAUAUUUAUGCCAAUGAUCCAGGUUUUAGAACACGAAAAGUAGUCGAUCAAACUGAAAAAUCCAAGUUAACUUAUGAAGAAUUAAGAAAUAGGAAUCGAGCUCAAUAUUCAUCUAGUCCAGGAAACGCACCUUACAUGCAACCAAUGAAUAAUGGGCAACCCGAGAUGUACAAUAGAACUUUUUGAAAAAAUCGAUUAACAAGUAAACGAAAAUGAUGGCAUAAAGAUUUCACAUUAUUCUCAAGUCCAAAAAACUAUCUACCAAUGAAACAAGGAAAUUAAAUUACUCAUUAGUAAUUAAACAAAAUGUGUUGAAUUGUAUUUUUAAUUCUAGAGAAAUAAUAACAAAAUCAAUUCUAAUGAAAAAUAUUCAUUUAGUAAAUUAUUGUAAUCGCCAUUAAAUGGACUUAGGGGUUUCCCUUUAGGUUAAUCUUUA